UUGUCUGAUUGGGAGAAGGAGCCAUCAAUCGAUCUCCAGAUUUUAGUUUAUUUGCAGUCUGCAAUAAUUUUUGUCCGGAGUCUCUUCGGCUCAGAAUUGAGCACAAUUGCGUACAUUUGGCGUCAUCAUUGUUUUGUUUCUCUUCACUUAUUUUACAUCAUUUGUGUGUAUACGGUUUUUGUAUUUUUAUUUCUAUAAAUCCACCAGGAUGGAACUUAACUCUCUUCUUCUCCUUCUUGAGGCAGCAGAGUAUUUGGAAAGAAGAGACAGAGAAGCUGAACACGGUUACGCGUCGGUUUUACCUUACGAUAGUGACUUCUCAAGAAAGAAAAGUAAAUCUUCGUCAAUUUCAAGAAAACCUCACAAUAACAGGUCAUCACAUAAUGAGCUGGAAAAACACAGACGUGCCAAACUGCGACUGUACCUGGAGCAGUUGAAACAGCUUGUGCCUUUGGGUCCUGAUAGCAGCCGUCACACCACACUGAGCCUGCUCAAACGCGCCAAAAUGCACAUCAAGAAGCUGGAGGAACAGGACAAAAAGGCUGUAAAUGUUAAAGAGCAACUGCAGAGAGAACAUCGCUACCUUAAACGACGUCUGGAACAGCUUUCUGUGCAGGGCUUAGAGCGCAUUCGCACUGACAGCAUGGGCUCCACCAUCUCCACUGACUCUGAGCAAGAGGUGGACGUGGACGUGGACGUUGACAUUGAGGGGAUGGAGUUUACUCCAGGCGAGAUUGAUAGUCUGGACAGUAUUAGUGAUGGUGAAGACCACUACAGUCUGCAGAGCAGCUCCAGUGACGGAGACCACCAUUCACAUUCCCACAGACUACAGGCUCAUAUCUACUAGUCUGUGCCAUAACGCAACAGUGUUUCUCCUCCAACAUGCACAUCAGCCUCUACCAGCUGGCAGGAAGCACCUGGCUGAACCUCCUCACGUGAUUUCCACUCCUUCAAAAACUCUUUCUUCUCCUAACCUUUUACAGCACCUUAUAUUAAACCACCUCCCCCCUCCCCCACCACACAGGAAUACAUUGACAAGCAAUCUGCGGUUUUAGUGGUAACGUAUUUAGUGUGGAAAAGGCAAUUUUGACUUGUCUGUUUGUGUAUGAGAAACUGUGGCUUUUUUCCAAACCUAGUGAGCUGUCUUGCUUUCUACUUUCUAUAUAGGCAGCUACUUUCUAUGGGGAUGAUCACACCAAACACGUUUUAAACGCCUGUAAACGCAAGGCGCUGCCUUUUAUUUGGUCACUUACAAAAAAAAAAGAAGUGUGGCCUGGCUUUUAUAUUACUAGGCAACCACCGAGGCAGCUGUCCUGUCAGUAAAAUAUUGAAGCAUGAGCUCACUUUUGCAGUUAACUGUCACACUAGCAGAAACUUUUAAAAAAGGGCGCUUGCUUUGACCUUGAUCGAGGUCACCAUAACGGACGGCCUGCCUCUCCCCUUAUUCGAUUGAACAAUGGAAAAGCGCGAAUGACAUCGGGUGCUUUUUCGGUCUGAGUGCUCUUUCAAAAACGCAGGGCGUGCGAUGCGGCCAAGGCGUUCGGCACAUUAUGCUCACUGCCCAUAGAAAACCAUUAAAAUAGGCGCGUGCCACAACGCGUUCUGUGUGAUCGUCCCCUAAGGCAGCAUUCGAACUAAAAUCGAACAUGAAGUCACUGAACGGAAACACUCUACAACGUUUAAGCAACUCUUUUUAAUGCUUGUGCAUGCGUGAAGGAUAUGCACGGUGAUAUCUCACAAGGCAGCAUGAU